UUGAAGGUUGUUUCCAUCUGUUUGAAGAUGGAUUGGAUGUUAUCAAGUGGAGGCGCCCCAUCUAUGGUUCUCCUUCCGUUGGGAAUACGUUACAACAGUCAAUAUUACAUCAGUAUCCCUUGUUUAUCUUACCUAGAUGACCUUGUUGUCCAGUUAAAAAGUGACGACAAAAAAACUCAUUCACGACGACGUGGUCUUGGCUACGUGGAUGUUAUCAAUACGGAUCUAAAGCCGAUUUUGAUUUUGAGUUCUAAAAAUGAUGAACCUGAGAUCUUUCGGUCAGCAGUCAGGCUACUUGCUGAAAUAUCGACACCCAUCGAGUGUCUUGUUUUCGAAGAGACAAUCAACCAUGCAAACGGAAAAUCGCCAAACGUCAUUUACGAAUUGACUCAGUUAUUGUACAAGUGUAAAGAAGCCUUUCUCGAUUUGAGUGUAAUUCAAGCGAUUGUGCAUAAUCUCGAGCAUCUUUUGGAGAAGCAAGCGUUAUCAUCCGAAGAAACAAUAUUUAUUACCUUUGCAUUGGUACUGUUUCGAAAUGUAUUACACGCUCCCGAGCGCCCACCUGCGGCACAACAAGAUCAACUGGUGUGCAACCUCUUUUCGCAGAAAUUUGACGGAUUCCUAUUAAAAUUACUGGCUUGUCCACAAAGGGGAGACUGGGCAGCAGUGAUCACGCAGAUUAUUUCCGUUAUUUUUAAAGACCGACCGGUAGAGAACAUACGGAACAGAUUUAGAAUACGAAUGGAGACCUCAGGCUCGGAGAAUUAUGAUGAAAGCAACAACUCGUCUGAUGAGGUUGGCCAAAAUAGUACGCCAAACGACGUAUCCAAAUUUUUGGAUCAAUUUGUGGUUGAUUUUAUGUUAGGUUACGGAUACAACGUAGUUGUAGGCAUUCUUCAUCAGCAGUUACUUAGGGACAAAAAUCUUCCAUUAGACAAGCCCCAAUUUUUUUGGCUCAUCGCCUAUUUUUUAGGUUUUGCUUCAAUCCUCAAGCUCGACUUUCAAAGCAUAAAGAACGUGCUACAUAUUGAUAUUUUGUGUUAUCUAACAUGGGAGGCUGUGUGUGAAAUAGGAAGAUUGGACAAAAACACAUUGCAACGUUCAAUGGAUGCGAAUCCACGUCGGAUACAUCGGUGUGUCAGAGCCAUCCACGAAUAUUUACAAGCAUUUCAGGUGUACUCUCGUCUCGACUGCACACGGGUAAACAUAAGUGGACCUGGGUCAACUCACGAAUAUCAACGGUGGUCUUAUCUACUAUGUGGUUAUCUUCCCGCAAUGAGAGACCUCCGUCAACUGUUUGUGCUCCUGCUGCGUCAGUUCAAUUCGAAGUUUCAUUGUAGACGUCUUCUGUGUGACAUCAUCACAGGAAAUCACCUUCUGAUGACUACACUUAAGCAAGCCGAUGAGUUCCCCGCUUGCGGCCCACGUUUUGAUUUGACUGAGCAUCUGAGUCAAUUUUGCACAAAAACAAUUUUGGCUCGAUAUGGAAGCGCACUAACAGAUUUUAGGACGAAUCGGCCUUUCAUUAAUGACUCUAUCUUUACAAUUUUGCUUCAUGUUAAAAAUGAUCUAGGAAAAAUUGAUCUUUUAUUACAUCCUGUUAUUUUGCGUCCAUUUGUCAAAAUCUGGGAGGAGAGUUUCGACAUUUGCGACAGUUGGCACACUCUGAUAGAAUGUGUUUUGCAGACAUUUUGGAAAAACCAUCAAAGUGGCAAUUACAGUAUUGACUCUUAUCCCUGGAAUACAACGACUGAUGGAUUGGCUGAUGAAGAGAACUUGACUCUGACGAAAGCCAAACAACCUGCUGGCAAUAAUAACCCUUCAUUUAACGUACUUCAUACCGAUACGCAGGUUGUUGUUAAUCAGCUAAAAAUUUCAGGAUUCCAGAAACAGCUUAUUUGGAUUCAAUCGUCUUUAUUGGCUGCCUGCUCAGCACGUUUAGGUACUUAUGUCGGCCAAGAAUUUCGCAACCCUAUUGCCAGUCUUAGUCUCAGAACUAAUAUGCCGUGUCCAAUAAUUCCGUGGACGGAAGAAGAAUCUUCUGCCCUAAAUUCGGACCUAUUUUACUCCCUUAUGUUUCUAAUUGGUCUUAUUCCACCUACUUCUUGCGAUUCCGUCUAUCCUUGCAUCCCUCAUGAGUGGUCGCCUGACACCGUCUAUAAUGUCGCUCUCGUUUUCGAAAAUGUUGAUCAACAAAAUGUCGAUUUCGACCUCGCUUGCGUCUGCAAGUCUGAACUUAACAAUCGUGUUGCUGGUUCUCUCUUUGAUAUUUCAACAGAUGGUUCCCAUCAACAGAUAUGUCAAAUAAGUGCGGAGGAGUAUCAAAAACAAGAUGAAAUACUAGCGUCUUUGCCAGAGGUUCCCUUGAAUGUUUGGGAGUGGAUGGAAAAAUCAGCGGAACUUGGAGAAAUCUGGACACCGGACAUUGAAGACGCUGCUAUUAGUGAUGUGGCCAAUGGUGUGAAUGAGUUGGGACUUUAUGACAAGUUCUCUUCGAGGGAAGACGAAGAAUCCGCCAUGGAAUGACAUAAGAAGAUUGCGGUUCCUGUUCAGUGAUAUGUCUCUUGUUGAAUUCAGUCCCAGCAAUUUCCUAUAAUAAAAUUUUCCAUCCGCAUAAAAAU